AUGGGAAAAAUUGAGGAGCAAGAAUAUUUUAAAGAUUUUUCAAUUUUAAAUUAAAUAAAACAGCCAUAAGGAUUUGAAAAGAGGGAUGAAGAAGUUGUUUGCAUGGCAAUCAAAUAGUAAAACCUAAAAAUGUUUCAUUUCUAUGUUGCUUUUGUUUAAUUUUAUUAAAAUAAUUAAAUUAAAAAGCUCAGUGAACCAAGUGAACCAGGAAAAAUAUAAGAUGAAGAAAACUUCAGAAAGGAAUUAAAUUUAUUUUAACAAGCUUCAGCUUUAGAGAUGACAUAAAAGGAACUUCCCUUAGUUAAUUAUUAGAAGAAAGGAAAACUUAGAUUAGAUGAAGAUAAUUCUGAAGUUGACAAUAAUGAUUCAUGGAUGGAUCAAUAUUUUGAUGAUAGUAAUGAAGUCAAUAACAAAAAACUCCUAAGAAAAGGCUCUUUACUAAAUUAGAAAGGCAAUAUAUUUUCAUUUAUGUAUAAAUCUAUAUAAGAAUAUUUUGUAUCUUUAUACUUAAUAGAUUUCAUUAAUUUUCACCCAAAAAUUGACUUUGAUUAGGUUUUUAAACUUGUUGAUAAAUUGCUUUAAUAAAUUAAAAAGAAUGGAAAAGGAAAGUUUAAUAGUUUAAAUGAAUUAACCGAAAACAUAAAAUUAAAUCACAAAUCAGAGACUUCUAAUUAUCCCUAUGUCAUUCAAUUUAUUAAAAUUGUUGUUAAUAGUAAAUUUAGCAACCUGAGCUUCUCACUCUAAUCCUAUUAUGGAAUAUUGAAAUUUAUAAUUGAUGAAAUUAGAAUGAAUCAAUAAUCAGAAGCUAAAUUAUUAUUAAUUAUUAGAUUGUCUUCCUUAUUAUUAGAUUUCACAAGAAUCUCAUCGAAUGGGUUAUAUCUAUAUACUUAAAUCUAUGGAGUUUUAAAUCAAAUUAAUUUAGAAUAGAUAUAAAUUGAAGAUAUUAACAUUUAAGGAUGCUCAUUUUAUAAAGCUAAUUUGAAUGAAACUUAAUUUCAAAAUGUAAACAUAAGUUAAUGUGCAUUUAAUGCAUCUAACAUUAAGAUGUUAAUUGGAAUAACUUAAUUUGCUCAGAAUAACCAAAAUUUGAUGGUCAUGAAGAUAGAGUUUUCUCGAUAGUUUUCUUAAUUACUAAGAUUAGAUACUAAUCAUGGAGCAGUUCUUGGAUUAGCAUUUUCCCCAGAUGGAUAGUUAUGGGCUUCUGCGCAUAGUUCAGAUGGAGUAGUUAUGUUAUGGAAGUUAAAUUAAUCAUAAACAAUAAAAGUAUUUUCUGAGCAUAAAGGAGAUGUGGUUUCUGUAGCAUUUUCUCCUAAUGGUAAAUUAUUAGCAUCGGGAGGAGAUGAAUUAAUCUUCUUGUAUGAUAUGGAAACUUUGGAGGCUAUUUGUUCCCUAAAGGGGAAUGAAGAUUAUAUUAUUACACUUGUGUUUUUGCCAACUAUCAAUCUAUUGGCUUCAGGAGGUGAUGAUAAAAUAAUUCAAAUAUGGAAUAUUUUAUAUUUUCUCCUGAUGGUAAUACUUUAGCAUCAGGUAGUAGUGAUCACACUACCAGAUUAUGGGAUGCUUCAACUUUAAAAGAAAUAUAGAAAUUUGAAGGCCAUACUGAUUGGGUACAAUGUGUCUUAUUUUCACUUGAUGGAUAAACUUUAGCAUCUGGUAGUCAUGAUAAAUCUAUUAGACUUUGGAAUGUUCAUGGAGGAAGGAAUAUUUAAUAAUUAAAUGGACACUCAAAUUAAGUGAAUUCUAUUUAAGUAUCACCAGAUGGACUAUUUAUUGCUUCAGGAAGUGAUGAUUAAUUAAUUAAAUUAUGGGAUUUAAAAAGAGGAAUUGAAAUUAGAAAAUUUAUAGGACAUUCUAAUUAUGUAUUUUCAUUUUGUUUUUCUUAAAAUGGGUAGUGUUUAGUAUCAGGAGGAGGUGAUAAAAUAGUAAUUCUUUGGGAUGUAAAUUCAUCAUAAGAAAUAAGAAGAUUCAUUGAACAUUAAUAUGAAAUAUUAGAUGUGAAAAUCUCACCUGAUUAAUAGAUUAUAGCAUCAUGUGAUGAUAAAAUAAUCAUAAUUUGGGAUCUAUAAAACUCAGAAAAAUACCAUUGUAAGCUUGAUGGGCAUACUGAUUGGAUUUGGUAAAUAGAGUUUUCUCCUGAUGAGUAAUUAUUAGCUUCAGGAGGAGGAGAUAAUUUAAUAAAGAUAUGGGAUUGGAAAUAAUCAAAAGAAGUUUAUUAAUUAAAUGGCCAUACAAAUGAAUUGCGAUCAGUAAUAUUUUUUUCUAAUGGUUUGAGAUUAGCAUCAUGCAGUAAAGAUAAAACAAUUAGAGUAUGGGAUAUAAAGGAAUAAAAGGAA